AUGUCUCCUCUAAGAGCUAGUGCCAAUGUGGAUGAUGUGCGUCUCGAACGCAAGCUUCGGUAUGACUAUGCCAAGCUUAAGGCCAGAGGCCACUUGCGUAAUCCCACGCGAUAUGCUUUGGCUACCACGGUAGCCGCGAGUGCUGGUCAGAAGAAGACCACAAACCCGCCAACCCGCACCACUAGUGGUGGGAAACGGCCUCGGUCUUAA